GCUUGAAGACACCAAUCCUCUUCAGGACAACUCCUGGCAGUUACCUGCAGUGUCCUCUCUGCGUUCUUCUCAUCUCAGCAUCCAUCCACCAUGUCGCUCUCUGUUCGUACGACAACCUCCACAGUUCCCAGGACUGUGACCUCCAAGUCCAUUAUCACCAAGACUCGGAGCAGUUCGGCGGCCUUUCCGCAAAAAGCCCACAGCGUGUAUGGGGGUAGUCUAGGAGGCAGCACCCGCAUCUCUACUUACAGAGUUGGAGGUGGUGGAGGAUAUGGUGGAGGAUACGGUUUUGGUGGAGGAUACGGAGGAGGAUACGGCGGAGGACAUGGUGGAGGAUUCAGCUCUGGAAUCAUGGUUGGAGGAGACAGUGACUUGAUCCAGCUGAAUGAGAAGGCCACCAUGCAGAACCUGAACGACCGUCUGGCGUCCUACCUGGAGAAGGUGCGGUCGCUGGAGGCUGCCAAUGCCACUUUGGAGAGGCAGAUCCGUGAGUACUAUGAGAAGAAAGGGCCAAUUGCACAGAGGGACUACAGCAACUACUGGAACACCAUCAAGGACCUGAAGGACAAGAUUAAAAAUGCUACCAUCAACAACGCCAACAUCCUCCUGCAGAUUGACAACUCUAAACUGGCUGCUGAUGACUUCAGGAUAAAAUAUGAGCAUGAGGUGGUGAUGCGGCAGUCUGUGGAGGCUGACAUCGCUAACCUGCGCCGCUUGCUGGACCAGACGACCCUGACAAAGGCUGACCUGGAGAUGCAGAUCGAGGGUCUGCAGGAUGAGCUGGCAUUUAUGAAGAAGAACCACCAGGAGGACUUGGCUGCACUGAGGGCACAGCUGACAGGCACAGUGAACGUAGAGGUCGAUGCUGCUCCUCAGCAAGAUCUGAACAAGGUUCUGGAGGAGAUUCGUUCUCAUUACGAGACCAUCAUUCAGAAACACCGCAGGGAACAGGAAGACUGGUUUAAAAACAAGACGGCAGGUUUGAACAAAGAAGUGGCCAUCAGCACAGAAACCAUACAAACCACUAAGACACAGGUCACAGAUCUACGACGCACCUUGCAGGGUCUGGAGAUCGAACUACAGUCUCAACUCAGCAUGAAAUCGGCACUGGAAAACUCACUGGCAGACACAGAAGCUAGGUACAGCGCUAUGCUAGCAGGCUACCAGAACCAAAUCAACAUGCUGGAAGCCGAGCUAAGUCAAGUGCGGGCUAGCAUUGAGCAACAGGGACGAGAAUACGCCUUGUUGUUGGACAUCAAGACUCGUCUGGAGCAGGAGAUCGCCACCUACAGGAGCCUCCUGGAAAAUCAAGACAUUAAGACUCAAGUACCAGGUUCAACUGUCACCGUCACCACAAGUGGAACAACAACAAUCCAGAAGACACAGCAUAACUUCUAAAUGCAGAAUGCACACUGCUUUAUGAGACAACAUCUGGACACACACAUAUAUUUGGUUUUGAAAGUUUACUGAAGUAAUAUUGAGAAAAAGUGCUACAAAAAAAAAAAAAAAA